AUGUGGGUGUUGGGGAACGUGAGCUUACUGUUGGGCCUGAUGGACUCCUUGACGUCAAUGCUGCCCGAUUUUGCGGACAUGGAUUACUACGCGACGUCAAAAUCGUUGGUGGGAAUUCAGAGAGUGAAUGCUGCUAAGGAGGGACGUUUUCCGGAUGAUUUUCUUUUUGGAGUUUCUACGUCUGCUUAUCAAACUGAGGGAGCUUGGAAUGUCUCUGGUAAAGGAGAGUCAAUAUGGGAUUACGCAACUCACAACUCGCCUGAAACGGUAAUUGAUAAUUCAAACGGGGAUAUUGCCGCUAAUUCGUAUUUUAUGUACAAAACGGAUAUCGAUCUUGCCAAACAACUCGGUUGUAAUGCCUUUAGAAUUUCAAUAUCGUGGCCGCGGAUUUUGCCGACGGGUUUUCCAAACUCAUUGAACCCCAAGGGAAUAGAGCAUUACAAUAAUGUUAUAAACGAAAUGCUGGGUAGAAACAUAACUCCUGUUGUUACUUUGUUCCACUGGGACUUGCCGAAAGAGCUCCAGGAUCUUGGAGGGUGGACCAACCCCUUGAUUGUUGACUGGUUUGUUGAUUAUGCCAGGAUUGUUUUUAAAGCGUUUGGAGACAGGGUCAAAUAUUGGUCAACAGUAAAUGAACCGACAGUUUACUGUGUUUACGGGUAUGGGGGUAAAAUGGUACCCUUUGUUAAUCAUACAGGUAUCACUGACUAUCUUUGCGGGCAUCAUAUGUUACUCGCUCAUGCAAAAGCUCAUAAAAUGUAUAACGAAGAAUUCCGUCAGGAACAAAAAGGUAAAGUUGGGUUAUCAAUAUCAGUCCCCUGGGCAGUAGCCUCAAACCCCGAAGACCCCGAAGAAGUCGCAGGGGCUGAUAGAUGGUUCGAGUUCUGGGGUUCCUGGUUCCUGAACCCGCUCUUCGGGCACUUCGGCGACUACCCGGAAAAAAUGAAAAGCAGAAUAGCAGAAAACAGUUUGAAGCAAGGAUUUCCGCGCUCGAGACUUCCGGAGUUCACUGCCGAGGAAAUUUCGAUGCUCCGGAACUCGACCGAUUUUUUGGGACUUAAUUACUACCACGCUUCGCCGGUUCAAAAGUACCAAAAUUACAAUGUUACUUCUACGGUGUCAUUUUUUGGGGAUAUUGAGAUGCUUGAAGUGCCUGCUAAUCAAAAUGGAGCCGCGUUUUCUGAUCGAAGCACAUCUUGGGCUCUAGUCUCAACAAUCCAAAAAAUCAACAAGGACUUUGAGGUCCCGAUGAUAAUGAUAACCGAGAACGGGUACUGGGACCGCGGCCAGCUAGCAGAUAUCGGACGAGCCAAGUACCACCACGAGCACCUCAGCGAGCUGCCGGGUCUGAUCGCCCAGGGCAUUAAUAUCCGCGGGUACUUCGCCUGGUCCCUCAUCGACAACUUUGAGUGGUCCGUCGGCUACACCCAGAAGUUUGGGCUCUUCUCCGUGGACUACACAGUUCCCGAGCGCACUCGCAUCCCCAAAAUCUCCACCAAAGUCAUCAGCGACUUUUACAAGACCAAGAAAAUUCCGCUCUUUCUCUGGUCGCUUAAUGAAGUCGAGUUUGAUAUUAAUGUCGGCCUGUAG